AUGUGUGGAGCAAUCACUACAAAGCAACACAACAGCGACCAAAUGGACGGCCACUCCGACGACCCGAAGCCAAAGCCAGAGGCCGGCAGACGUCCAUCCAUUGUACUCAACGACGAUAUGACCGACAUAUCGGGUGGGGAGCCGUCCGGAGGCAACGCCACCGGUUCCGGGCGGACACGUGUGGCCCUAAAGCCGGGCCAUUCGCUCAUGGAUUGGCUCAAACUGUGCGCCAAAUCGCCGGACCUGUCGGGCACUGGCGGUCAAGUGAUGGCCGUCACUGUGGAGGAGCUGCAGAAACACAACACUCUGGACGACUGUUGGCUGUCGAUCCGCGGGAAGGUGUAUAACGUGACGCAAUACCUGCACUUCCAUCCGGGAGGCGUCGACGAGAUGAUGAGAGGGGCCGGCAGUGACGCCACCGACCUCUUCAACGAAAUACACCGUUACGUCAACUACGAGUCGAUGCUUAAGAAGUGUUUCGUGGGUCCGCUCGUCAUUGAAUGA